UGUUUUGUCACCUUAGUUACCCGAUAUUUAUAAGUAACAAGAUCUCUUCGUGAAACUUCUACAGUUCCGCCAAUAUGCGCACGAAACAAAGGAAUCGUUUGACGACAGUCAUUAAGUCAAGCGUACGCCUGCCGUCUUAACUCCUAGUGUGGCUAUUGGUAUGUGGCACUAUGUCAUAGACGAAGACAGAAGAAGUGAUUUCACUAUUAGGGACAUCUGCUCAGAGGCUUUGAAGUCGCUGGCACGCUCGCACAGAGCUGUUUGAGACGAUGUUAUACACCAAAUACCUACUCUUCCUAGCCGUUAUAGCAACGGUUGAGCGCAUCUCUGCCUCGUCCAUCAGCGAGCCUGGACAAUGCCUGAACUACUCGCUAAACGCCACUUUUGCUGACAUAACCUUAAACGAUGCCUUGAAGACCGUCCCCGGAUCACCAAGCCUGUCCACCGUAAGCAUGCUUCAACUGCUAGAGGCCGUCUUUGCAUCCAAAGGUGUAAACGGAACGGUAUUUGAAUCCCUUGGGAUACCGAUGGCCUGCCAGUCUUACCUCAGAUUGUCGCCAUACGAGCUGCUUUACACGCAUAAGCUCAACCCGACAUACCAUAUGGAGAAAACGCUCAACGAGACCCUGCAGAUGCUGUUCACAAGUGAUACUAAGGGUUUGAUGGACACGAUGCAGCUAUUCAACUACAGUGUGGCUUCAGGUUUGAAUUCGACUGUCACCCUUGGGCAGAUUGCGGAAAAAUACAAGUUCAAUCCCGAGCUUGAUUCCACGCCUCUGUUUAGCAUUCUGCGCGCUCUCACACCUGGUACGCAAGACGAUACAGUGAUACUCAUGGUAUUUGGCUUUCUAAACAAAGACAAGCAAUAUCUAGAGAUGACGUUCCGCCAGUUUUCUGACCUGUUUGGAAUCUCACUGCCUGCACUGCUAGACCAACCAAUGUAUCGAGUCAUGCAGUUUGUACACACGUACCGGUACUUCUACCUCGAGGAAUUAAAUUAUAUCCCUGAUUUAAGAAAUGAAAUGCAGCGAAUCAGGUUUAAUAUCAGUGAGGAUACAGUGAACACCCUUCUGAAUACCUACCUCACAAGAUCUGGUGAAUUCAGAGACAAGCUGUUCGACUGCAGAAUCCUCAAGGAUGUGAAAUUCGCUGAGGUUUCCCGUGUGACUGGGAUAUCUUUGGGAGAUAUCGAAUCACAGCUGAAUCUAUACAGCCUAGGAAGACUCGUUUGCAACAUCUUGGAAGGAAUAAGUUUAGAUAGACAGUGCAAGCAAAGAGGGCUUACCCUCAGGCAACAAAUACUCGCAAAGUACACAAAGAUAGGGUUCACCUUUAAGCAGACAGGCUUCAAGAAUGACAUCGAGUUUGAGAAUGCCGUUAUCCAGUCGUACAUUCGACACUACGCCAACUACACUAGCACCACGAUUGCUGACAUUGCUAAGAGAAUCAACAUGACUGAAGAUGAAGUCGCCAACGCCACUGUCAAGAACGUCGCCGAGGUAAUGUCCAGGGUUGCAGUGCAUAAGCUUUUAGAGAAACUAGAGGCCUGUAAACCGUUUGAAGGACUAAGCUCCAUGACCAGCGAAGAACUUGUGCUGUUGGCCAAAGCCCGAGAAUACUUUAAAGAAGAGUGGCAGCCGAUAAUGAACAAGAAAGCCUUAUGGUGGGAUAGUGCUCUUUGUUAUCAUCUCAGGGUUGAUAUGCCUUUUGAUAGUGUUCUGCGUAUGACUCUGGAAGACCUCUUGGUAAAAAACCUGGACAUCGACAAAAAGUCCAUCCCUGAAUACUUCGAUAUAAAUGACAAUCUGACAGCUUCGUGGGAUGACGUCUUUGGCAAAUACAACCUCAGUGACAUUGCGAGAAUUCUUAAGUUUCGCGAGUACGAAAUAUUCGGGCGAAGCGUACACGAAAUUCUAAGACGGUGGAUUGGCCUCUGGAUGAGCGAUAAAAAUGAGUGUGCUGAAGCGACGUGCUGGAAAGGAGAUAAAGUUUCUUGCCAUAAACUGCUUGGAAGCUAUCGAUGCGUCUGCCCAGCGAACAGCGUAGUGAUGCCGAGAACUUGUUAUGAUAUUGACGAAUGCAGGCGUAAUAUCUAUGACUGCCCUGCAGACAGUCAAUGCAUUAACACCUAUGGAAGCUACAAGUGCAGUUGCAAGAGAGGUUAUGCUCACAACGACUCAAAUGUGUGCGUAGAUGUGAACGAGUGCACAGAGACCCCGUACGUCUGCUCAGGCAAUAACAGUAUUUGUGAGAACACCGACGGCAGUUUUAAGUGCUCCUGCAAAUCCGGAUAUACGCCAAAAUUCUCAGAGGCUGUUGGUGAUGCACCUGCAAACCUGACCAGCUGCGAUGAUAUCGACGAGUGCGCACUUGGUGUCGCAACAUGUCCUGCAAGCGCUGAUUGCGUCAACAACGAUGGUAGCUACACGUGCAGAUGCAAGCGAGGCUAUACACUCAAUAAUAAUACGUGCACAGAUGUGAACGAGUGCACAGAGAUCCCUUACGUCUGCUCAGGCGAAAACAGUAUUUGUGAGAACACCGACGGCAGUUUUAAGUGCUCCUGCAAAUCCGGAUAUACGCCGAAAUUCUCAGAAGCCGUUGGUGAUGCACCCGCAAACCUGACCAGCUGCGAUGAUAUCGACGAGUGUAAGUUAAACAUCUCUACCUGUCCCGCGAACAGAUAUUGCGUCAACAACGAUGGUAGCUACACGUGCAAAUGCAAGCCAGGCUAUACGCUCGUUAAUAAUACGUGCGAAGAUAUCGACGAGUGCGCACUUGGUGUUGCAAACUGUCCUGCAAGCACAGAUUGCGUCAACAACGAUGGUAGCUACACGUGCAGAUGCAAGCCAGGCUUUACACUCGUUAAUAAUACGUGCAAAGAUAUCGACGAGUGCGCACUUGGUGUCGCAACCUGUCCUGCAAGCGCAGAUUGCGUCAACAACGAUGGUAGCUACACAUGCAGAUGCAAGCGAGGCUAUGAACUCAAUAAUAAUGAGUGUGAAGACGUCAAUGAAUGCUUGGAUUUGUUUUUGAAUACCUGCUUAUUCAAGGGUCUUGAUUGCAUAAAUCUGCCCGGAUCGUUACAGUGCAAGUGUCCUGCCGGACAGAAAUGGGACCCUGAUUCCUUCUACGGAACAGGGGGUUGUGUAGAUCUGAACGAGUGUGUGGAGACCCCGUACGUCUGCUCAGGCGAUAACAGCAUCUGUCAGAAUACCGAGGGAAGUUUCACGUGCUCUUGCAAACCCGGAUAUACACCGACAUUCUCAGGGUCUGUGAGUGAUGGGACAAGAAAUCUGACCAGCUGUGAUGAUGUAAAUGAAUGUGCAAGAGAUCCAAGACCUUGUCACGAGAAUGCUGCUUGUACUAAUACAAAAGGAAGCUACUUGUGUCGAUGCAACUCAGGAUACACGGGUGAUGGAAAAGACUGCAAGCCCAAAAGAAUGUUUGACCUUAAUAGGCCUAGAUACGUGUAUUGCGAACGAAAAAGGAGAUACGAGAACAGAGCACGAUGUCCUGGAGGGUUCAACUUCUUUGGGAAACGUUACAAUCACCUCUGGAUUAACUGCAACGGAAUGAUGUCCGUCGAGAGACACCACUUCCGUAAGACGCCGAAGGAUCUGACGCGCAAGAUCCAUCGCAAAGACAUCAUCUUCCCAUUCUGGGCCGACGUCGAUUACUCUCGGUACGCCACGGCACUGGAUGUCCAAUUCCAGGAGUUGGCCAAGGGUGAUGAAGACUCGUCUGAACUGCUCGAUAAAAUUAACAAGAUGGUGAAUGAAUCCACCGACCUUGGGGAGGACUUUGCAAGCUGUGCUAUUAUCGUGACGUGGAAAGACACAUCUCCGAGAUACCGCUACAACAGUUGGAAUCCUUACAGAGAUCAGAAAAAUACCUUCCAAAGUGCCCUGGUAUCCAACGGUGACACAACGGUUAUCAUGUUCCUCUACGCCAAAGACCAGAUGGGCUGGCUUGCGGAUCACGGUUUUAAAGCUUCCAUGGGAUGGGCUCGCAGUGACGGCGAAUACUAUCAGUUUUCUAAAUCUUUCACCGAUGAUAUUCUUCGCAUCGACAGUCACUCAUUCGAAGAUCCCCAAGGCAACAAGCGCGAAGGCGUGUUUAUAAAGGUGCUCGGCGAACGCCUAGAGCCGACGCCUGCAAGUAUUUGUUCACAGUGGGUGUUAUCAGAACGCAGGCGCGGAACCUUUUGGUAUCCUCGGUGGAACUGCCCGUGCUCAUUGUGGUCAGUGAGACGGCAGUUUUCCUUCCAAAUAUGGGGCUUGAAUCAAGGCCCGGAUUGGUGGUUCCAGGGUACGGGUCGUGACUGGCAAAGGGACGUCGCGUGUUAUUCCUUCAGGCCGUUCCUGAGAGGCCCUAACAAGGCUUGCUGCUACUCAAGAAGAGGAAGAGAUCGCGGUGCCCUCAUCACAGGAUCGUCAUUGCGGGCCGGUCGAGUUUGUAGGUAUUCUCCGUUUGUCGAAGCGGAUGAGUACUGGAAAGAAAUGGGGAUGCUGGACACGUGUUGCAGGGAAAGUACGGAGUACUGUAGUGACUAUCUCGCCAUACGCCCGGCCGAGACAGUAUGCACACUACCCCCAUGGUGGCUACGAUGGAGGCCAAGGCCAAGGAUACGUCGCCCGAGAAGAACCUUCUUCUGGGGUGAUCCUCACAUCACUACUGUGGACGGCUUUGGGUACUCGUUUAACGGGCUUGGAGAUUACGUCAUGAUGAAAUCCACAAACAGCCACCGAAUCCACACGCGCACUGCUCGACCCCUCGCCAGCAACGGUGCUCUGGCUAAAGCAACAGUCUUCUCUGGAUUUGCACUUGCUGCCAAUGGUAGCAAUGUAGUACAGGUGAUGUACGACACCUCUGUCUCUGGCAACAUGAGUAUCACCGUGACUAACAGCACGUCGUGCAGUCACAUGACCGUGGACCAACUGUCAGCAAAUGCACCCGCCGUCUACACUGGCUUGGCGCUCACGCGCAAGAACGCCACAGUAGUGGUGAUUUUUGACUCUGGAUUAACGUGUGAGAUUUCCCCCGGGGUGGAGUCCAUACAGAUGGCGCUCACGGUUCCCGUCGAGUUUGAAAACACAACGCAAGGACUGAUGGGCAAAAUGAACGAGAACAAAGAAGACGAUUUGGCCUUCCCCAACGGGACCAUGAUCCCAGUGAAUUCGGACGAGAAGAAGAUCUUCGAGUUCGGACAAACAUGGCGUGUUCCUAACUCCGACCGUCUCUUUGUCUUCUCAAACUGUUCCAAACAACCUGUGUUCUUUGAUGAGGCGUUCGAGCCAGUGUUCUUAAGUGAUCUGAACAUCACUGAUAAGAUGAGGGAGGCCUGUGGCAAUGACAAGGGAUGUCUGCUUGACUACGCAGCAACUGGAAACAAAGAACUGGCUGUCUCUGGUAAAAGUUACAGGGAGGAGAACCUCAAGGCUCAGGAAGACCUCGAUAACCUUCCACCUGAGAUCGACUGUGACUCCAUUUUGAACGCGACUAUAGGAGAGCAAGUAACCUUCAAAGUAACCACAAGCGACCCUAACAACGACAAGGUGACGUUACAAGCGAGUCAGAUGCCUGAAGGCGCCAUGUUUAACAACAAAACUGGACUCACGUGGAAGCCCUUGCCUAGUAACAACAAAUCCGCCAUGGUGCUAGAGUUUGUCGCGACUGACGAGAAAGGUGCCACUGCCGUUCAAGCGGUCACCAUCGCCCUCUGCGAUUGUAAAAACAACGGAACAUGUGACUUUGACACGGUACUCAGCGUCAACAAUGCAAGCAAGCUGCGCACUGUGGGUUGUAAUUGCUCGGAGCAGUACACCGGAGACUUCUGUGAGAAUGAGCCGGAUCCUUGUUUGGACGACCCGUGUUACGAGGGCGUGACCUGCACGAGGGAUAAGUCAGAAGAGCUGGGAUACACGUGCGGUGCAUGUCCAAGUGGUCGAACUGGAGACGGGGUCAGUUGUGCCGAUAUUAAUGAAUGUGCGGACCCCGCUGACAACAACUGCCCUCAAGAGUGCGAAAAUACCUUGGGCGGGUACAAGUGCAAGUGUCGCCCAGGCUACAUUUCAAGUAACAACGGCAGAAUAUGCACAGAUAUCAAUGAGUGUGAUCCAAUACUGGGUAGUAAUGACUGUGGCGCGAACACCGACUGUACUAACGGGCCUGGAAACUACUCGUGCACAUGCAAGCCUGGUUACAAAGGCGACCCCAAGGUCAAGUGCGAAGAUAUCAACGAGUGUAAUUAUCCCAACGAUUGUAGUCAAAUGUGCAGUAACACUGCCGGUUCAUACAAGUGCUCAUGUGUCAAAGGAUUUGUCCUCAGCAAUGACUCAAAGACCUGCGCAGAUAUCAACGAAUGCGCCACGCCUGUUACUAACGAUUGCGAAAUGAUUUGCGUCAACGUGAGGUCGUCCUACAAGUGCGCAUGCCCCACAGGGUUCAUCCUCAACAGCGACAACAAGACGUGCUCAGUUGCGAACUCCAGCAAAUGCGACUCCACCAACGGUGGGUGUUCACACGCCUGUACAAACUCGAGUGGGAUCGUCGGGUGCUUCUGCGACAAGGGAUACGUGCUGGACAGCGGCAACAAGACUUGCAAAGAUAUUGAUGAAUGCGCUGAGAAAACUAGUGGGUGCGGACAGCGGUGCAAAAAUCUCGCAGGCUCAUACGAGUGCUCGUGCGACCCUGGGUACGAGCUUAAUGCUGACAAGAUCACCUGUAAAGAUAUUGACGAAUGUAGCCGCAAAACACACAAGUGUAGCGACAGUUGCCUGAAUACUGUGGGAUUCUACAAUUGUGGAUGCCCGCCAGGAUAUAAGCUGAUGUCCGACGAGAAGACGUGCCAAGAUGUUGAUGAAUGCGAAAAUGCUGCUCAGCUGUGCCCCCUUGACAUGGGCUUGCAAUGCAUGAACACCAAGGGCUCGUACAUAUGUUCCUGUCCUCCUGGCAGAUUUGCCAAGAAGAAGAAGUCGGGCUGGAUGAAAUGCAAAGAUUCCAAGAAGUUCAAGUUGUCGAGACGUUUUAUUAAGUACCGAACCACAGACCUGAAAUUUAAUGACAAACUCAAAGACAAGGGAAGUGAUGAGUUCAAAAAUCUUGCGGAAAUGAUAGAAAAUAUGCUCGAAGAGUUCUUUCUUAGACUGCUGAAGGAAUCGGUCGAAUGCGUCGUCGUGGCCUUCCGAGAUGGAAGCGUUAUUGCUGAUAUGGAGUUGCAUGCAGCCGCCAACUCCAGUCUUAGUAUCGACGACAUUAACAAUGCUCUGUCGAACAGCUCCUCCAUGGGAGAGUUCUCAUCCGACCCAUCGUACGGGAAAGUAGAAGAUUUCAACGAAUGCCUGAACAAGUCAGACAAUGAUUGCCACGAGCACGCAACAUGUACUAACACAGCGGGCAGCUUCACUUGUGCAUGCGCUAAAGGGUACAGUGGAGAUGGCAAGGCUUGCGAACCUGUUCCAGUACCCGGAGAGUCUGGACUGUCCACUAAAGAGCUGAUAGCCAUCAUCGUGUGCGCCUGUAUCGCUGGGCUGAUUCUACUGUCCAUCAUGAUAUGGUGCUGCUGUUUCCGAAACAGGGUUAGCAAAAGACUGGACGAGAGGGAGUUCAAUGAAUUCCCCACGUACGAAAGGAACGCCUUGCAGAAAAAUGACGUUCGCCCGUACGACGUCCCUGGUGGUGGAGACCCCGACAACAUGUACCUCCCUCCAGAAGACGAUGACGAGAUGAUCGGCAGCUAUGACGUCGAGGGGGCCACUUUCGACAACAGUGGGUAUAAGAAAGACACCCCCAUGUGAAGACAACGAACUGAGCUUGCAAGAAGUAAUUUUCGUCUUUUGUUUUUGUGUGUUCUUUAUGUGCGUGUUUGUGUGUUAGAAGAAAAAUACAUAGUAUUUUUAGUCUAUAAACGAGAUUUAUAGUGUAAAAGGAGAUACCAUGGCUUGGAUUAACCGAAAGGUGUCCUUGCUAGGGGCCAGACUUGUAGCUUGUUCAUUUUUGAUGAACAAUUAUCCAUCAUAUUAUGUUCACCAUAAGGCAAGUCUACAAGUGUUUGCUGCUACCUUGUAGAGAGUGGAGUGCUGUAAUGCUGUAAUGCUGCAUCUAUUUUUUUAUACUUGUACACCAAUUUUUGUAAUUUCGUAUGAAAAUUUAAUGACACAUCGAGUGAUCUAAAAUGCUAAAUGAAUAAAAUUCUUAGGUAAUGGAUUUAAGUAAUUAAGGAUGGUUUCAUACAAAUGGCUUGUUUUUACAAUGGAAAGAGUUUGAGAAAAUAAGCCCCGCCCCCAUUUUCCAAAGUGAGAGAAAUUCCAAUAUGGCGGCCAUUACCGUUACGAGCCCAGUCAAGAAAGAAUACCCCCAAAUCUAAUAAUUUGAUAUCAAACGAAUAAAUUAUUUCCCAAAUGAAAGAGAAGAUAUGUUUGAUUUGCACUUCAAGCCUUUCUUGGCAGCAAGAAAUGCAUAUUUGUUUUAGAAUUCGUACAUUUACGGCGCGAUUUUAAAUCUCCCGCCUUUCCCUUCGACGCCAUUUUUGGUAUGCUUACCUUCUCGACUCUCCUAGGUAAGGAUUUGGUGAGCUUGGGCCCGCAAUGACCAGUUAUUGCUUAGCAGUCUAUCCUAAGGGAUUAUGCGUGCAACAGGGUGCAAACAAAGCUAAAGUUUGCCAUUCUUAGCGUGUUUAGAAAACAUGUUUCGUUUAGCGGUUUCGCCUCAUUUCUUCGCACUUUUCUUGGCCGAGAGCAUUCGUAUUUCAAUUAGACAUUCGGUGAAAUAAUGAAGAGCAUUGUACUCUGGAAAGAAGCACCUAAAAUGGGGAGAAGAGGAAAGGAAGACAGGAAGAAAAAACAGUGCAGAAAAUAAUCUGUGUUUUUGUAAGUUCUGUACAGAAUUAGCACACAAAAAAGUAGGACAUAAUUAAACAUAAGCAGCAAACAUCAGGUAUAAAAAAUCAAGAUAUAAGUCACUUUACAGCUGUAGUGUAAGAGGACACUUCAGUAAAACUCAUUCUAGUGAAACAACAGGUGUAAACAAAAAUGCAAAGUGUGCCUAUCUGCUGUUGUACAUAUGUAUAAGAAUUAACCAAAAAUCCAUAAAGUGUUUUGACAUUUACCUAAGCAGGAAGAAAAUAUGGUGUAGUGGGCAGGUCAGGGGAUGUUGAACACCAGUCUACUUUGACAGAAAGUCAAUUUGUCAAGAUUGAUCUUUUUACCAAAUUUAAUAGUUGAUCAAUACAUGUUAACCAUGAUCAGGCUUCAGCAAUUAACCCCAGUUUCAUAAUAAGAUAUUUCAGUGGCAUCCAGGGAAUGUGCAAGUGAAACUCUGAUAUAUACAUUAUCUAGGGUGGUCAUUACCUUCUUUUCUCUGGUGCCAUCCUGACUUCUUGAUCCAGAAGAUAAAGAAAGGCUAAGGGAAUUUGUCAACUUACCAUCACCCGUCUAUCAUUUAUAAGUAUACUCAACAGAGUACUAGGUACACAUGUUUGAAUAGGGAGUAUAGUGCAGUCAACUUGAUUUCUUGGAGAGCAUUAUGUCAUUAGACAAUUGUGCCUACUUGCUAAUUUAUCAGAUGCAGGGUUAAAUGUAGGGUUUAGUUACGUCCCAAUAAAAUGCAACACUUACUAUUUGUCUGUACGAAACAAGGGAUUGGUAUACA